AUGGAGGGAGCUUCAACAUAUAAAAGAACUCUACAACUGAAAAUCUCGUCGAGUAUGAGGCAAAGGAGAAGUGGUUACGAGCCAUCAGAUACUGAGACAGACUGGACGUUGGACAGUCCACACCGUGAAGCAAAUGCAAACAAUGAAAAAGAAAUACAUCUUGAAGAACCUGAAAGCGAAGAGCAAAAUCUAGCAUUGCAGAAAGCAAAGGACAAUAAUUUUUUGAAUGUAAGCCGGAGGACUAAUGUCCCCAGUCCUGCUCGAAGGAGAACUACUAAGUCUCCUUAUAAGCCUCGUAGAGAUACCGAUGAUGAUGUUCAUUCUCCUGCAAAAGCUUUGCCAAGAAGUGUUAGCACAUUUGCACGCAGGCCUGAUUUAUAUUCUCGUAGAAAUGUUAGUUCUUUUCAAAAAUCUGAGUACCAUAGACAUACAUCUCCAUAUAAAUAUGAGGAUGAAUUUGCUGAUUCAAAUAGAAAGCAAAACAAUGUCCAUAGUAGACUCGGUGAGAAAUCAAAUUAUAAUCGCAGGUAUGCUUCUGCUCCUAGACCUGACAGACAACAUAGGUUUGAUGCUUCUAAGGAGCGAAGGAAAGCAGAUAAGACGCUGUCCCAAUUGCCAAAUAGGAGCUUGUCGCGGAAAGAGAGGGAAACUCUGAAUAAGCAUGGACCUACAGGAGGUGAACUAAAUGAAAUGAUUGCCAAAGCAAAGAUUUCUGGAAGCAGUACAGGCGUUAAUCAUAUGUUUGAAAGCACAGAAACCAUUGCACCUGGUGAUAUUUUCUUUUCUCAGGAUUAUGCAGCCUUGACUAUGCAGCAGAUUACUGAAAACAAAUCCAAUAAAAAGACUCAGGUACUGACUGAUAGGAAUGUUGUACUAUCUGUGAAAACACCUGCCAAUUUUAAUAAUCAGAGUAGCAGAAGGAAUUUAUCGAGUAAUACUAUGACUCGACCAACUAUGAGCGCGAGCUCUUCAGUAAGUAGGCAGAGCAGCACUUUGAGUGAGGCUAGUGGAAGGACAACUGCAAGUAUGAAAAGGUUCACGGCGAACAGGCAAAAGAAGCAAUCAGAAGCAUGGUUUUCUUGUCUCAACAAGGGAUCUUGUAGAACCUCAAGAAGAGAAUCUCCAGAAAGAGGGCGCCCGAUUGAUGAAGCUUUAGUUAUUGCCAAGGCAUCUAUAGUUGAAAGCCUGAGACCCUUUUGGGCUGAUAGGUAUCAACCUGUUUCACUAGAAGAAUUCACUUGCCACAAGCAAGAAGCUUUACUACUUAAAGACCUGGUUUCUUCAAAUGAAACCUUUCCACAAAUCUUAUUCAAGGGACCUUCUGGCUCUGGGAAGAGAACUCUCGCGAUUGCUCUUCUUCAUGAAAUCUAUGGAGAUGCAAUCUGCAAUGAAACAAGGCCAGUGCAAGUUGUUGUACCAGUAAGCUCAAGUCCUCACCAUAUAGAGCUGAACGUUCGAUUGGAACCUAAUGCUAGAUAUGCAAUAAUGGCUUUUGUUAAGCAAAUAAGUAGCGAGUAUGCACUGACCCCUGAAAUCAGCAGAGUGAAUAUGAAGGCUGAUUACAAAGUAAUAGUUCUGUAUAAUGUGGACAAAGCUGCAGAGAACAUACAGCACCUAAUAAAAUGGAUAAUGGACUGCUAUUCAGAUGCUUGCAAACUCAUUCUCUGCUGUGAAGAUGAUGUAUCCAUACUUGACUCAGUGAAAAGCCACACCAAAGUUGUUGAACUAUCAGCUCCUGUAACUCAUGAAAUCAUGGAAGUUCUUACUCAGAUAGCAAGAAAGGAAGAUUUUGAACUACCAAUGGGCUUCGCGGCUAAGAUAGCUGCCAAAUCAAAGCAAAACCUGAGGAGAGCAAUUAUGGCUCUUGAAGCCUGCAAAGCGCACAACUAUCCCUUUGCCGAAGACCAACCAAUUUCAAUAGGAUGGGAAGAUAUUGUAAUAGAACUUGCAGCAGAAAUUCUAGCUGAUCCCACCACAACGAGGUUAUUCUCUGCGCGGGGAAAGUUUCAAAAACUUCUGGUGGAGUUUGUACAUCCAAAACUUAUUCUCCUGAAACUAGUUGAAGAAUUCCUUAAAAGGGUUGAUGCUGGUAUAAUAAGGGAAAUUUAUUAUUGGCAUGCUUAUUAUGAGAAAAGGCUUCCUCUUGGAACAAGUGCUUUGUUAAAAUUAGAAGAAUUUGUGGCAAAAUUUAUGAGCAUUAACAGGAAAAAUUUCGGCAACCGUCAGCAGUUUCACUAA